GGAAUAUUUAGUAGAUUUGCUUGGAAAUCCUGGUUUUCUAUGUGAGCCCAAUUCAUUGAUAAAUGGGCCAUACUCCAUCACAAUUUUGUCACCUUUGCGCCCUCCAAAUUUGAAGUCAGGUGAUAUAGCUAAGAAUUUCAAAUCUUUGGCCAAGCAAUAUUUUGUGGAUUGCCGGUCUCUGAACCUGAUGUUUACUGAUGCUUCAACAGAUGCAACUUCUUCUCCUGCUGCCACAAGCAAACCAGAGCUUUUCGAAGUCCCACAGCGUUAUGUAGAAAGGGUCACUCCUGCAGAUGGCCAACAUGAGGCUUCUCAAGUGGCCAUAGAAUCAACUCAACUCAAACUUAUUCCGCAAGAUGAGCAGAAGGAUGCCUUACAAAAUUUAGCCUUCCAUGAUUUAAAAGCUAACAUAACUAAGUCCAAGAGUAGUGUACCUCUUGUCACGGAUGAUUUGACGGUUCCAUGGGGUGAUUUGGUCCUAAAAGAAAGAAUCGGAGCAGGUUCUUUUGGGACAGUUCAUCGCGCUGAAUGGCAUGGUUCGGAAGUAGCUGUCAAGAUUCUUAUGGAACAAGACUUCCAUCCUGAGAAGCUUAAAGAAUUUCUAAGAGAGGUUUCCAUAAUGAAAAGCUUGCGGCAUCCCAAUAUAGUGCUUUUCAUGGGUGCUGUUACUGAACCUCCUCAUCUAUCCAUUGUUACUGAGUAUUUAUCAAGAGGGAGCUUAUAUAGCCUUUUGCAUAAGCCGGGUAUGAAAGAAGUAUUAGAUGAGAGGCGUCGAUUAAAUAUGGCUUUUGAUGUGGCAAAGGGUAUGAACUAUCUUCAUAAGCGCAAUCCACCAAUUGUCCAUCGGGAUUUGAAGUCGCCAAAUCUUUUGGUUGACAAGAAGUACACGGUGAAAGUUUGUGAUUUUGGCCUUUCAAGGUUGAAGGCAAGCACAUAUCUUUCUUCGAAAUCUCUUGCCGGGACUCCGGAGUGGAUGGCACCGGAAGUUCUUCGCGAUGAACCUUCUAAUGAGAAGUCUGACGUGUACAGCUUCGGUGUGAUCUUAUGGGAGCUUAUGACCUUGCAACAACCAUGGAGUAAUUUAAAUCCUGCGCAGGUGGUGGCGGCUGUCGGCUUCAAGAGUAGAAGGCUUGAUGUUCCAACUGAUAUGAACCCAGUUGUGGCUUCAAUUAUCGAGUCUUGCUGGGCCAGUGAGCCCUGGAAAAGACCUUCCUUCUCCAGUGUAAUGGCGUCACUGAGGCAACUGCUGAAACCUCGGCCCUCCCAAGCAGUACAGACUGAUCAGCUGUUAUGAAUCAGCUGGUAUUAUUUUCAGAUCUUCUCUAAAAAUAAUUUCUAAGUUCCAGCAGAAUUAGAAGCUUCCAGUAGCUGCUGAACGAUGGAAUCGAUAUAUUCAUCCCUAUCAAAUAUUAUUUGUGAUAACCUAUUACAUGUUUUUGUAUAUUAAUUUUAUAAGCUUGUAAUUAAGCCAAUGCAAUCGUAGUAGAGGUUUAGGCUCAAUAAUUAACUUAAUCCUCCUACUAACCAUUGUAACCUCCUUUAAGGUUUCUUUGAUGCACAAGCCUUCCAUGCUGGAGAAAUUCAUGUUGUAUUUUAUUUUAGGGAAAUUUGCAUACUUGCCACAUAAUUUAUGUGUAUUUACAGUUCUAACCCCAAAUUUUACUGUUCGUAUCAUUA